AUGUUCUCCCAGCGACAGGUUCUCCGCGCGACGCCGCGCCUCGCCGCCCAGCUGCGUGCCGCCAACACCGCCGCGCCCGUCUUCCGAUCCGCCCUGCAGCGCCGCAUGGCCUCGACCGAGAACGCCUUCCUCAAGGAGCGACAGGCCGUCAAGGAGCACGCCGCUGCUACCACCGAGCUCUGGCGCAAGAUCUCCCUCUACGUCGUCCCCGCCGCCCUCAUCCUCGCCGCCGCCAACGCCUACAAGCUGUGGAACGAGCACUGGGAGCACUGGGAGCACCAGCCCCCGCUGGAGGAGCGCGUCGAGUACCCGUACCAGAACCUCCGCACCAAGAACUUCCCCUGGGGAGACGGUGAUAAGACCCUCUUCUGGAACGACAAGGUCAACUACCACAACAAGGACAAGACUACCUAA